UUUUCCUUCAUUUAGACCCAUCUAUGCCCCUUAAAUUGCCCCCAAAGUUUGUAUAGGAGAUUUUCCCCCGGACCUCUUUUCGCCCUGGAGCGGUACGCGAUGCUAUCUCACGCCGACCUCCUGGAUGCUCGGCUCGGUGAGUUCUCAGCUCUAAACCCCGGAGCUAAACUCCACUGGAUGAAGGAUGCUGCGGAGCUACUCGGACACAGAGAAGCCCUCAAGUGUCGGCUGGGUGGCGGUGUGCCAGACCAGGGACAUCCAGGAGACAUGGCCCCCGGUUCUGAGUCCGUGGAGGGAGCCACUCUGCUGCCCGGGGAAGACAUCACCACCGUGGGAUCCAACUCGGCAGGCAUGACGGUGAACGGCAAAGAACCAGAGAAGCAGCAACAGCAGCAGCAGCAACCCCAGCAAAGUUCCGGUCAGCCGGCCAGUCAGCAGAAACAGAAACGGCACCGAACCCGUUUCACGCCAGCCCAGCUCAACGAACUGGAGCGUAGCUUCGCCAAAACCCAUUACCCGGACAUCUUCAUGAGGGAGGAACUGGCCCUCAGGAUCGGCCUCACGGAGUCCAGAGUCCAGGUCUGGUUCCAGAACCGGCGCGCCAAGUGGAAGAAGAGGAAGAAGACCACCAAUGUGUUCCGCGCCCCCGGCACGCUGCUCCCCACGCCGGGUCUGCCUCAGUUCUCGGCGGCCGCCAUGGAGAACAGUCUGUGCUCGUUCCACGCCAACGACUCCCGCUGGGCCACCGGCAUGCCGGGCGUGUCCCAGCUGCAGCUGCCGCCCGCUCUGGGCCGCCAGCCCUCCAUGGCUCAGUCUCUGUCGCAGUGCAGCCUGGGCCACGGUCCGCCCCCCAACUCCAUGGGCCUCUCCAACGGCCUCUCGUCCAACGGCUCCGGCCUGCAGUCGCACCUGUAUCAGUCGCCUUUCCCCGGCAUGUCGGCGUCUCUCUCCGGCCCCACGAACGUAUCGGGCUCCCCGCAGCUGUGUAGCUCCCCGGACAGUGACAUGUGGAGAGGGACCAGCAUCGCCUCUCUGCGGCGCAAGGCGCUUGAGCACACAGUGUCCAUGAGCUUCACUUAGUGACUUGUAAAUAAUAGUAAAAAAAACCCCAAAAAACAACAAAAAAAACGCCACUCACUCCCACGCCGAGGCUCCAUUCUCUCGCCACUUAGACAACCUUGAAGGUGUGUGUGGAUGCUGUGAGAUGAUGGAAGAAUCGGAAAGGAACCACACUAAUGGACACGGAAGACACGCGUGGCUUAAUUAUGAUGUUCAUUUAAAAGAAAAAAAGGGAUUUUCAAAUAAAUCUCAUUGUAAUAAUCUCUAGAAGACUGUGGACCUUGAAUUAAGGAGGGCCUAACAAUUGUCGUUUUUAAUCGAGUGCCUCUUGCAGCGCUCAUGUUGUUGUGUUCAGGUGAACUUGUGUUAUGUCCAACGGUAAUUUAUUAAAUAUACAUUCUUUUUGUUUAUUUUACUAACAGCCUGUGCGUGGGCCCGUUGGAGCUGCAGGCAUUCACCGUGCAUGGGGGUUUUACAUGACUGCAGGUGCCCACACACACUUACACACACUUACACACACUUACACACACUUACACACACUUACACACACUUACACACACUUACACACACACACACACACACACACACACACUAUAAAGUGAUCUUUCAGUCUAUAAACCUAAACUCUGCUUUAGGGUGUUUUUGUGUAGAUAAUACAUUCUUGUGUGACAUGUUUUAACUUAUUGUAUGUGCUAUAUUACUUGACACAUUUCUUAAAUGUUUGACCUUACAUCGAAAUGCAUCACACUGACAGGUUUGUACCAAAUAAAAAAAAAAGAGCAAGAA